AGAUUUGUUUUGAAAUAGUAGUGGGAUAGUGUCUCUAUGAUCAACGGUUCUACUUGUUCGUUAAAACCAGUAAUUUCGUUUUUUUUUCAUUGAAGUAUUUUAUUUUUGUGACUGUGAUAAAGUAAUGUGUUAUUAGAUUUAAAUAAUAUAUCGAAAUAUAUUUCUACAAUAAAAUUUUUUAUAUCAAACUAUAUUAUAUACAUCGUAUUUUGUAUUGAUAUGGAAUUUAAGUGUGUCGAUGAUAAAAAUACAACUCCUCAAUCGAAAUCUUGUGUAUUUACAAGUAAUAAUAAUCACGAUAACCAUUUUAAAUUUUUACCUAAUUUUUCGACACCGCCUUCAAAAAUAUCCAAAAUCGUGAAUCCUUUCGAACGACGUUUAAUUAACAGACUUCACCUUCCUACCUUCAGCCCUUCUGUAUUUGGUACAGUAUCAACUCCCAAGUCAGAAGAAAAGUUUAAGUGGACAAUAGACGAUAUUUCAAGUUUGAAACCCGCCGAUAUAGAUGAAGCUACUAUAAGUCAACAUGUAUUUGAGGAAGAUCCCCUUGAGGAAUCUAUGGUACAACAAAAAAUUGAUGAAUUCUUCAGUGAGAAGGUGAUAGUUCCUAGUCCUAUGGUACAUGUCGCUAGAGUACCGUUAGUAGCAGAUAAUUCGGAAAACCUAUUUCAAUCCACUGAAACUAGAGAAGUUUGUGAAAGUUCUACCCAAACAGUACUUUCUCUACCUCCUGUUCUUCCUGCUCAUAUAGAAGAAAUCUUAAAACCAUACUUUCUACCAAUAGAAGAUCAGAGAAAUGUUGAUAACAUCACUGAUAUGAAGAAUACAUCUCUCUUUAAACACCUCUUUGAUUUUGAAAAAGACACUCUCAGUUCUAGUGAACAUGAGUCUCUACAUUCAAUUUCUCCUAUAUCCGGGAAAGGAACAUCUCCAAUAAAGACUCCUGUUGAAAUGAACAGAAGACAUUCUUUGCCAUUUGAAAUGGACUGUAGUCUCUCACCAAUAGGUAGAAAGUCGUCGCCAAAAGGAUCAAGGUCAGCAUGUAGAUUGGAUUUUUCAAGUAAAAUGAGCCUCGAUGCCAGUUUGGUUGUACCAGAUAUAUUUAACAAUCGAUCAAAUACAAGUGAAUUACUGGAUUUUUCUCAACACAUUCAACCACAGUUAGAACUGAGUGAUUCAUCUGUGAAUUGGGAUAUGGAAUGUCGACAAGUAUCAUUUGAGUCUCCGAAUGGUAGUUCAGAUUCCAGUAAGAUGGAUAUGUCGAAUUCAAAUACACCCCAUACAAAACUUUUUAUCGGGCAGAGAAAAAGACUUAGCGAUAGUUUUAAAAAUGAACAAGUCGAUUUUGUUAAAGAAAAGACUACAACAGAUGUUAAGCAGGGGAGAAAAUUAUUUGAAAAUGAGCUAACUGAUACUGGGUAUCAUACGGAAAGUAUAAAUUUGUACGAGGAGUCUAAAGUAGAAAUGCAAAUGUUCGCAUCUACUCCAACUAAAAUAAGAAAUUAGUCAGUUAUCAAAAUUAGUUUAUGCAAUUUUAUUUUUUUAGAGCAUUUGAACAAUUUAUUCGCUUUUAUUUGUAAUUAUGUAGUGCCGAUUAUACUUGUGUAUGUGUGUUUUCAGAAUGUCUCUCAAAAGGGUUAAAUGUAGACCUCUGGGAUAAAAAUUUGGGUUCACCAAAAUACUGAUGAUGAUAAAAAUCAUCUUAAAACGUGAUUUGGUGUCAUGAUAUUUAUAAAAUUAGAAAAAUUAAUUUUGUGGACAAUAUUUUUUGAAAAACUUUGUAGAAAAUGGGUCUUUGAAUAUUAAUUAUAGGUGAAUUUCUAAAUUAAGGUUUUUUAGAAUAAAUCCCUGGAUAGAGGUGAAAAAAAUUGAGAGUUUUUUAUGAAUUUUGGUAAAAUGGUGAAAAUUAGAAGUAAAAAAUUCAAAUCAAACUUGUAUAUCUUUUUAUUUUUCACAAAAAAGGUCUUAUGAAGUUUUUAGAUAUUACUAAUUUUUAAAAAGUGGCAAAUUUCAUUUAAUUUUCAACCACAAUUAUAAAUAUUUUUCACUAUUUUCUAUAUUAUAAAAUUAAAUUCUUGGAAAUUAAAAGAAAAAUGGAAAUAAUUGAAAGAAAUCUCUAGAAUGAAAAAUUUUUUAGCAAGUUAUGAUUCUUCAAAGCUGUAAGUAUCAACCCUUAGACGUUAGCCACCCUAAUUUUGUAAAUAAUAUCGAAAAACUUUAAAUACCAUUUUUGUGUAAAAUAAAAAGAUCUACAACUUUGAUUUGAAUUUUUUUGUUUCUAACUUAUACAGUCUCUCCAAAAUUGAAAAAAAUAUUUUUUUAUCAUCCUAUGUAAAGGAUAAUUCUAACAAACCCCUCCAAAUCUGUCAAGUAAACUUAAAAGAAAAUUAUUUUGAAUAUUCAUUAAUUUAACCAGAAUUUUCAUUCAAGGGCAUAUUUUCUUGGGCUUAACAUAAUUUUAGAUAUAAUUGAGUUCAAUAAUUUUUUUAUCCUUGGGGGAUACAAUAAAGUCAUAUUUCAACCUGUUUGGGAAAUUUGUAUAUGUUUUUAACUUUGUGUACUGUUCUGAUCAAUAAGACUUAAAAUCAAUUUUAUUGCUAUUUUUUGAUAGUAUCUCGUGAUUUUUCUCAAUUAACGUAUUUUUUUAUAAGAAAAGCUCAACAGGGAUGUACCACAAAAAAUAUGUGGCUUUUUACAUUAGAAACAUCAGUAGGUCUAAUUGACGUAAAAAUAACCAAUGAACAAAAAAGAAGAAAAAUUAAUAAAAAAAGAAGAAUACUUUUAAAAUAAAUAUAGUUAUUAAUCUUUCAAGUCUGCACAAGCUCCGUACUAAAGGAUGUUUAAGGAUUAGUACAAAAAGGAAUUAGUGCAAUAUUGGAAGAAAAUGUAAUAAAAAUAGCUAGAAGCUAGUUUUGAUCAACGAAUAAAUUAUAACAAAAUAAUAAUUACGUACAAUUUUUAUGAACAAUAUUUAAAUAAUUAUAUUUUCUAUCUUAUAUGAAAUAUUUCGGUAAAAUCAUGGAUUAUAUGUAACGAGGGACGUUUUAACAAUGAUUUUUAUUGAAAUAUAAACGUUUUCGCUUCGAAACUAAUAAACUAACAUGUGGGUAAGUAAUUUUUCUUAAGGGAAUGAAUGUUUUAAGGUAAAAAUACGGUUAUUACAGAAAAAACCGUUACAUGUAGGUAUAUAAAUUUUUCUAGGUUGUACCGAAAUCACGAGCAUUCCGGAAGCUUUGCAACCGUGUAUCAGAACAGAACAUCGGGGUUGAAAUAUUUGUAAUUUUAGUUUUUAAUAAUGAAUUUAAUCUACAGGAUUUAAAUCUUCUAGGCCUCAAUUAUCAAUUCAUAUGUAUAUUAUUGAUAUUACAACAAAUAAUUCAAAUAUAACGAUCUUAAAAGUGCCAUAUACAUUUUACACAUAUAUAGCACACACAUAGCCACUUGAUCAAACUACCCUUCAAUCUCAUCAGAAUCCACUUCAAUUGGUUUAGUUUUUAUUUUUUCCCCUCUUUGAGGAUAGUAGUGCAUUUUAUUUCUUUUUUUCUUAUUCGAUUUAUUAUGAUUAACAAUUACAUUAAAUUACUAGGUAUCCUUUUUCUUUUUGUUGUCUUCGCUGCUGAUCGUUUUUAUUAUUUCAGUUUUGGGUGCCUGAAAUCUGUCAGCUGGAUGUUGGACUCUUAACUAUUUUAGGUUCAAGUACACACUCCCACUCUGACUACUCCUCAAUAUCAUCAGAAUCUAUUUCAAUUGGUAUAAUAUUUAUUUUUCCAUUCUUUUUAAACGUAGUAGUGCAUUUUAUUCUAAUAUGACUAAAAAUUACUUUAAAUUACUCAAUAUUAUUUUGCUUUUUGUUGUUUUUGCAACUGAUUCGUCAGCUGGAUGUCAGAGUGAGUUCUAGGCGUUUUAGGUUUAUAUAUAAACCAUGUAACUUAUUUUUUUAGUCAUAAAAAAGGAUCAAUUGAUGCAUCUUUCUUGUAUGUAUUGCUAAAUUUGAAAUCUGUUGGAUUACCAACUUAUUUUCUUUGAUUAUUAUGUUUUCCAUACAUAGGAUAUAAACUACAUGUUAUUUUUCCCAUUGCAAGUCUAUCCCAUUUAUCUAUCUACUCAAUCCAUUGUCUUAAUUUUUUUUCUUCCACUUACCUUCUUUCUAAUUAAUAUUUUUCAUUUAAUUGAUAAUUUCUUCUAUCUAUAUCCAGAAUUUUAUUCUUUUACUUUGUAUAUUCAUUUAUGUUGAACAAUUUGUUUCUAGUUAUAUUGUGUCAAAAGCUACCCUCAGAUUUAUAGACCAGCUCAAAAUUUAUUUUUCAUUUUAACGGCACAAAAAAAUUAAACAUUUCAUAUAGUUUUUUGUGUUUUUAAUCUUUUCUAGAAGUGACAUUUUUUGUUACCUAGUAUCAAUAUAUUAACAAAUAUACAGCGUGGCCAGAUAAGAAUUUAUAUUGUUGUAUUACGAGAAAUAUUUAUACUAAACAAAAGUAAAAUUUCUCAAAUUUUCGAGAUAGAGGUUUAAACGACAUGUAAAACUGAAGGCUUGAGUAAUUGUUGAAAAAAUAAGCUUUUUAUAAGAAAUCGAGUAAUUUUUGUUCAAUACUUUUUGAAGUAUAUAUUACAUGAUACAAAGGUUCCAUUUUACAGCAUAUUACAUUCUUUUCUGGUUAGAAUUUUUAUUAUUUCGAGUUUUUGUUAUAAAAAUUUGUUUUUGUAGAAAAAGACAAGUUGAUCUUGCUAUGAAGUUGAUAUAAAACAAUUUCAUAUGAAUGAAAGUACUUCGUGCUUUGAGAAAAAAAUUAUUUAUGUCAACAUAAGACUAUUAGUUUUUCAACUAAAUUGAAAAUUGACUACAAGACUGACGAUUUCUGACAGAAAUCAACUAAACUAUGUAGUUAGCUACAGUGGUUUUUAUUUUAUUUAUGAAUUAUUUGAUAUUUAUCCACUGCCAAAAUAGUGUAAUUUUUUUUAUAUAUAGUAAUUACUAAAUAAUAACUUUUUUGUUGUCUUAAUAUGCUCAUUGAACUGAUUUUGUAACUUUUAUAUAGACGUAUAUUAUUUAAUAUGUGCAAUUUACAAUAAAAUAUCUAUGUUA